AUGCAACCAAUCACACGAAGCAUCCCUUCAUACCUUUCCCGCGCAACCCGGGCUCAAACCUCUCUUCCAUCCUUCGCUCAAACCCAAUCCGGAAAGUUCAUCCACACCACAUCCCCACGGAACAACCCCCCCACCAGCCCCAUCACCAAACCCGCCCACCCCUUCCCCAUCGUCCAACGCAACCCCCGCAUCGUCGUCGGCGUCACCGGCGCCACCGGCACCGUCUUCGCCAUCCGCCUCCUCGAAAUCCUGCGGCACCUCGACAUCGAAACGCACCUGAUCCUCUCCAAAUGGGCGCAAGCAACCAUGAAAUACGAAACGGACCUAUCGUGGGAGCACAUGCAGUCGCUGGCAACGAAGGCAUACGCGAUGAAGGACAUGGCGGCGCCGCCGUCCAGCGGCUCCUUCCUGCACGACGGCAUGAUCGUCGUGCCGUGCUCGAUGAAGACGCUGGCCGCCGUGCGCGCGGGGUACUGCGACGACCUGAUAUCGCGCUCCGCCGACGUGUGCCUCAAGGAGCAGAGGAAACUGGUGCUCGUCGUCCGCGAGACGCCCCUGAGCGCGGUGCAUCUCGAUAAUAUGGCCUUCUUGCAGAGGGCCGGCGCGACGAUUUUUCCACCCGUGCCGGCGUUUUAUACGCGUCCGAAGACGAUUGCGGAUUUGAUUGAUCAGAGUGUGGGGAGGAUGCUGGAUUCGUUGGGGAUCCAUGUCGGGGGGUUUGAGCGGUGGGAGGGCAUGCGCAAGUGA